CACAUGAUUUAAGUUCUUACAGCUACAGAAAAGGAAAUCAACUCAAAUCAAUCGAACUCGGGUUGAGUUCCGCGUUUUCCAGCGAAACUGCAGCAAAGAAGUGUGACACAUUACAGGGCAAAUCACAUAUGAUUCAUGUCGGAUAAAGGCCAGCAAGGAAGCAUCUUCGACAUGGAGGCGGCUCGACAGGAGAAAACCCUGAAGGCAGCUGUAAGAAAUGACGAGGAGUCCUGAAUUGUUGGAGAAGCGGCAGAUGAGCUUAUAAGGGGUCCCCGAGGUGGUGAGAUGGAGCAAGCGUACAGUGAACUGUACCAGCAGUUUCUACAACUGAGGUCACUUUGCCUGAGACAGGCAGCUCUGUUACAUCAACUCACAACAACUCUGCAGAAACAGCAAGGUGCUAUCGUUCCAAAUGGAGAGCUGAGUGAUAUGAUGUCCAUCCCUGUCCAGUGUACCCAAGAAAUCCCUUUCUAUCUCCAUGAAAAGCCUCAACAACUAACAGCCACAGGACAGAACCCUGCAGCACAGCUUGACUGUCUCUCUGGAAAUGUGGGGACUUUCUCUGAUCUCCUCACCAAAGAUAUGUCCAAGCUCUGUGUGGAAGUGCCUCAUCAGAGAAAGGAAGAUGGGAAGUUGGAGCAAAAGGUCGGACCCCUGUUAAGUCAGGACUCCUCGCGGUGGCAAGGGGCUUCUGCCAAUGCCUCAAAAAAUCUGUUGCAAGCAGAUAAUCAUGGUGGAGACAGGACAAUGCACACAGUGAGGAUGUCUGCGGCAGCCAGUCCCUCCCUGGUCAGUGACUUCCCGAGUCAGCCAGGUGGAUUGCUGAUAUCAGACGUGGCGCUGCAGUCUCAUGUUUGUGAAUUCUGCCAGGCGGUUUUCCCUGGAGACACAACCACCAGAGGAGAGUUCCUACGACAUCUUUGCACCCACGUCACCUAAACUACUGAUCCAUGCUUUCCUCCUCACAUAUGGGUUAUGUAUUCACAUGCAGGUUAUAAGACAGUUUACUUGAUAUUUGGAAACAUUCAGAGGGAGCAUUUCCUCAGUAGAAAGCAUUGUUAACCUAACCCAACCUCAGGCUCAGAAAGAGCAAAUUACACAGAAGCUAUAUACAUGGCCAGAUACUACUAGAUAAUGUUUUGUUGUUCAGAUAACUACUAGCUGCUUCACAUUAACAUGAAUUAUUGUCCAUAUAGUCUCCAUUAUAUUUUUAGUUUCAACUUUCAACCACUACAUAUUUGCUUCAUGCACACUGAUCGUGAGCCUACCCAGAUGCUUUAAUGUAGCCCAUGAUACUACCAGGAAAUACAAUAUUUUUGUAUUGUAUUUGUAUGUUGGUGACUAUAAGUCCCGGACAACAAAAACACCGCAAUAUGAGAUCAAUAGAGAACACAUGUUUGAAGAGCAAGAACCUGAUGGACUGCACGGCACUAAUAUAAAACUAUGUUUAUGGGGAAUAAAUCUUUAAAAUAAAUAAGGUAAUUUGUGAUGUUAAAACAAAUUAUCUUUCAAUCUAGUUUUAUUUCUAGGGCCAGAAGGACAAAAAUCCUCUGCCGCAUUUAUUUGGGUGGACCUGUUGUGUGCUAUCGAUUAAUUAAUAAGAUGGCUAAUAAUGCUAGUUAUGCGCAGUGAGACACAAUGUUGUGUUUAUGAUCUUAAGUAACUGCUUGGAAAGAUAAAAAUAAAGAUAAUUGUUAAAACUGAAAUAGGUAACUUUUUGGCGGAGCAUCAAGUGCCGUGCCUGUAACAUCAUUCCUGUCUCAUCUUGUUGUUGUUGGUAACUUGUUAUGAAAUGGGUAACUGACCAGUGAAUAUUAAACCUUUAUGUAACUCUAACUCUGUUUGCCUUGGUUUUAGAUGCAAAUGUCAGCACAUUUAGUGUUAAUGCUGUAUGUUAUAAAGAAAAUCUAUUCUCUCUAAUCUAUUUCUGAAUGAAUGAUGAUCAUGACACUGUGGGUCUUGGCUGAUCCCUGCAUUUCACUGUGAACAGAGUUACUUCUGCUUUAAAUAUGGCACAAUUUAAAGGAUCAAGCUUGGAUAACAAUAUUAAUGAAUUAAAUCUGAUUAUGUCUAUAAAAUUAAAAACA